UCUCGUCGACGGCGCGUUCCCAUCCGCCCCAGCAUCCGCCCCAUCCGCCCCUGCAUCCGCCCCUGCAUCCGCAAGAGCUGAAAAGCGUUACCGUACACCCGCAAUACCGUGUCAAGGCAUCUCAGGGCAUUUCUGUAUCCCCAAUAUUACCCCUUCUUUGAGAGGCAGUGACGAACCUAUACCAAGCGACACUACGACGGCGAAGGUAAUCUCACGCCGCAAUGAUAGAAACGAAGGCGUUAUGUUCAGACGACUGGCCACUGUUUCGAGAUCUGCGCCUGGCAGCUCUCGCCGAAUCACCCAACGCAUUCGGCUCAAAACUCGCAGACUGGCAAGGCGCUGGUGAUCAGGAGCACCGCUGGCGCGCGCGGCUGGGGAUACCAGGCUCACUCAAUCUAAUUGCAUACCGGGACGGCCAAGCCGCUGGGAUGGCCAGCGGUGUUCCAGUCGAGGGCGGCCCGGAGCUCAUCAUAGAGCUGAUAUCGCUCUGGGUCAGCCCGGCGGGACGCGGGCAUGGCGUUGCUGACCGGCUGCUGGAAGAAAUUGAGAGGUGGGCAGUCAAAAGAGGGGCGCGCACGAUAUGUCUGGCGGUGAGGCCCAGCAACAGCCAAGCGAUUAGGCUCUAUGAGCGACAGGGGUUUGGGGAUAUUGGAUGUAAGGGGGAUCAUGUACCGGAGGAAGGCACUCACGAGAUGUUGAUGGCUAAGGCAAUCGCCGCAUCGAGCGAUUGAGUGCGUGGCGAGAUAAUCGCGCCGUAGUCUGAGCGAAGGCCAGCGAAGUGAACACGGUUUUGGUUUGCAACAUCAGCCCAACAUGAAUGUUGGGAAGGGAGCGACG